GAUGCCACAUCUUCUCAGACGAAGGAAAUCAUGCCUCUAUGAUCCAGGGGAUACGCAACUCAGGGGCCCCCAAACACAUAUUCCGACACAAUGAUCCAAAGCACCUUGAAGAAUUACUGAAAUCUGUUGACGUAUCUACACCAAAGAUUGUAGCCUUUGAAACUGUUCACUCCAUGACUGGUGCUGUUUGUCCAUUAAAGGAACUGUGUGAUGUAGCACACAAGUAUGGAGCUAUAACCUUUGUGGAUGAGGUACAUGCUGUGGGUCUUUAUGGUGAAAAUGGAGCUGGUAUUGCUGACAGGGAUGGACUGCAAGAUAACAUUGACAUUGUCUCUGGCACCCUGGGCAAAGCUUUUGGCAACAUUGGAGGCUACAUUGCAGGAAACGAAACCCUUGUUGAUAUGAUUCGGAGCUAUGCAGCUGGCUUUAUCUUCACCACUUCCUUACCGCCAACUGUUGUUUCUGGAGCUCUGGCUGCUGUCACCAUCUUGAGCAGUGAGGAAGGCCGAACUCUGCGAGGUCAUCAGAAGGCAGUUCAAUAUCUCCGCAAAUUGCUCAUGGACAAUGGCUUGCCUGUGGAACACUGCCCUUCACACAUUUUACCUGUUCAUGUUGGUGACCCUAUGCUUUGUACAAAAGUGUCUGAUGAACUGAUACGAAGGUAUGGGCACUAUGUACAAGCUAUCAACUACCCGACUGUACCUAGAGGGCAGGAGAAGCUUCGAAUUGCCCCAACACCCCAGCACACCCCAGAAAUGAUGGAUCAGUUUGUUAAGGACCUUGUUAGCAUAUGGAAGGAGUUGAAUCUGCCUUUAAAUGAUAAGAGAUGUGGUGAUGAAUGUACUUUUUGCAAGAGACCUUUUCUUUUUAAGCAACUGGAGGCUCGGCAAAAAUGCAACAGUGAAUGUGACAAGCCCUACUGCCCACAACUAGCUGAAUGUUUUUAGCACUACUUUAUGCAUACACAAGUGAGGUUGUGAUAUCUUGGAUACGAAUAAUGACCAAAGACAUAUGCAGUCCUUAUGUAGCAAGAAUACAUGACAGUAAAAUUUACAUUGUAUAAUCUUAUUUACAAUUCAGUCAACUGUGAUGCAAUCAAUAACUACAGUAUCAUUCCUUUUAUCAAUAGUCAAAGAUAGAUAACUUAUUUACAGACACAAAGUUGCUCUUUAUAUGCAGUGAAAUGUUUAGUUUCUUAUGUUUACUAAUAAAAAAACACAAUUAAAGCAUGAAUGAACAUAUCUAUUUCACUAUUUAUUAAUUAAUUCCAAAAGUAAGUUACUGCAUGUUUGAAGACCAGGAAAAGCAAUCACGGUCAAAACCUUGUAGAAUCAAUUCAGGACUAUUGGAUGUUUUCAGAAAUUGUUGGUCAUGUGAACCAUCUUCAGAUAUUUAUCUCUAAGGCACUUCUGCAAACUAUGUAAUUUUCAUUAAAUAGUUAUUGUGAAAACCAUCAUGGAUAGGUAGUUGAAUGUGUUCAAAAAGGCAAAUGGAGAAAUAGUAUAGGUAAUGCUGGAUAUAUAUAAUUAUUCUCCUAAUGCAAAUUGUUUUUCUCUCCAUUUCUUGUGUCAUUCUUGAUUUGAUUUAAUGCACCCAAUGCUUUUCUGUCCUCUGACACUCACUUGGAAAGCAGCAUACUGUUCCAUAUCUGUCCAUAUAUUUUUGAAAAUAUGAAUUGUUAGACCCACUAUUUUACAGUAAUAAAAGAAUUAUGUAUCUAUAUAUAGACACUAGGCAUUUUACAUCUAUACAUAUAAAUGGGAUGAUAGACCUUUUCUUUUAUUCCAACAAAAACAGCACCCUGUAAUUAGUUGAGUAGAUUUUUUUUUUUUUUUUUUUUUGACACAAACGUAAAUGCCUUGAUAUGUAUUUCUAAUAAUCUUAUGAGUGUGAUACUAAGUAUAGGUUUGUGUGUGUAUGUGUCUUCUCUUAUGAGAGCAUGAGCUUGUGAGAGCAUUUUGCUUUUUAUAAAUUGAUAAAACAUAUACAAUAAACUACAUAUGUAAACACAUGCACAGUAUACAUCUAUGCAAUAAAUUUAUGCAUAGACAUUAAAAUUUGGUUAUUACACUAUUAGCACUAUCAGUUUAAUGUUUUUGAUUUUCGAUGUAUUUAAAGAACCUGUGUAAUUCUUAAAUAUAUAUAAUGGAUCAUAUGUUUUACACAAAUAUGUUUCAUCACUCUUGUAUUCUGAAAAAAACAAAAUCGAAGAGGGUGUCACAUGACCUCAAAUAAAAAGUUAGCACUAAUAGAUGCGGUAGAGAGCAUAAA